AUGAUUCGAGAAUUGUCAAAAGUCAACCACUGUGAAUUCAGAUGUAUUUCUGACCUUUGUGGGUUCAAAAAUCAUCCAAACCAUCAUUUUGAUCCUCGAUGAUUUGAGAAUUGUCGAAAGUCAACCACGGUGAAUUCAGAUGUAUUUCUGACCUUUGUGGAUUCAAAAAUCAUCCAAACCAUCAUUUUGAUCCUUGUGAUUUGAGAAUUGCCGAAAGUCAACCACGGUGAAUUCAGAUGUAUUUCUGACCUUUGUGGAUUCAAAAAUCAUCCAAACCAUCAUUUUGAUCCUUGUCGAUUUGAGAAUUGCCGAAAGUCAAAAAUUGUAAAUUCAGAUGUAUUUCUGACCUUUGUGGAUUCAAAAACCAUCCAAACCAUCAUUGUGGAUUCAAAAAUGAAGAAAAUCAUACCUUGUGGAUUCAAGGUCUGAUCUUCGUUCUUCCUCCCUCUCCAAAUUUCGUAUGUUGUAGAUUCAAGGUUAGAUUUUCUGUGAAACCACAACUUCCAAUGGGCCAACAUGAUCUCGUUAUUUUACCUGAGUGACAUCUUCAUCUCAUCUCUUUUAUUCCCAUAUCAUCGGAGACAAGAGUGUGGCGGGUACCUCCACCCGAAUGCAACAGUCCCCAUCUCAAUCUGGUUUUCCCCCGGGGCGUGUUCUUCAGUGAUGAUUUCAUCUCCACAAUCUCAAGAUCUCUCCAGAAAGUUCCCAUUGGACAAUUAAUUUCUGCACAAUCCUGAGUUUGAAGCAGAGAGGGAUUCAGUGGAUGAUCGUCGCCGUGGUUGUCUUCCCCAGAUAAGACCUCAGCUUGCCACCAUGGAAGACCAACCUUAUCAGAUCAACAUAGGUCCAAGCUUUCCUGCUCCCUUCCUCCCCUCCUCCGACCGUGGAGAAGAAGGCCUCCUCGCAGCUCUUGA